AUGCAGACCUCAACUAUCCUCAUUUCCACUUUUCCACCUUUUCCUACCCUUGCCCUUGAUGUUCCAAAUGAAACGCACGUAGAGGACCUUCCUGGGUUCUUGGCUUCCCGAUUCCCUCAUGUCCCAUUCCACCUUCCCUCUACAGUCUUGUCUUCGGCUUCUGGUCCAUUAUGUCUUGAUAAUCGUCCAAUAUCCUCUCUCAUAUCCAGACUUAAGAAUGAGGUAUCCCACCCGCAACUAAUUUCUCUGCGACUUUCACCGUUGGUCAUGGGUGGCAAGGGAGGUUUCGGUUCUCAAUUGCGUGCAGCGGGUGGUCGCAUGAGCUCUCAGAAGACAAGCAACAACGAUAGUUGUCGCGAUCUUAAUGGCCGCCGUAUCAGUACUGUUAAGCAGGCACAACAGUUGGCGGAGUAUGUGGAGAACGAGCCAGCACGGAAGAAAGCUGCCGCCGAGGCGCAACGAGCUAAACUUGAGGCGUUAGAGAAAAGGCUAGGGAUUGAACCUAAAGCUGGCUCAAGUUCAGGACCUGUGGCCGGCCAGAAGCAUCGCUUUGAUGACACGGAGUAUCUGGAGCAGAGCAAGGAUUUAGUUGAUGGCGUCAAGAGUGCAGUGGCUGCGGGUCCGUUGUAUUUCCUUGGUUUGUUUUUCUUAUUUGCUGAUCGUGGAGACUCUAGGUCUGCUGAAAAAGCGAAAGAAGGCGAAGCUGUCGACCGAGGCAGGUUCCUCAUCGAAGGACGCGAAGAAUGA